AUGGCUUCUGGGUCGCCCCCGGAGGGGCCGAAACCGAAGUCGGCCAUUCCUCCCCAUGUUCUUAAUGGUAGUUCACCUCUUCAUCUCUCUUCUGAGACACAAUCCGCUGGCGAUUCCAACGGUAUCAAUGCCAACAGAGAGGACCAGAACGGCCCGACUCCUGCAGUGCGCAGCUCAGGUAGCUCCAGACCUACUCUGAACGACCCACCGCGCGAUCCAAGAGAUGAGGGAGGCCCACUGACUCCGCCAGCGACAGUCAGUCGACCAGCGAGUCCUUAUACUCUGGCACCUCCAAUUGAUUUUGAUGGACUGAGCUGGCCUUGCCCCGGAACUAGGGAGCGACUUGAGUCAACCCCAGAGCAGGUGGAAGAACGGGUACAGAAGCUUGCAGGCGCUGUACGAACAAUCUUCGAGUGCAUUGGAGAAGACCCAGAAAGAGAAGGACUGCGGGAGACACCAGAGCGUUACGCCAAGGCCAUGAUGUAUUUCACCAAGGGUUACGAAGAGAAUGUCCGGGACCUCGUCAAUGGCGCCGUUUUCCACGAGGACCACGACGAACUCGUUAUUGUCAAGGAUAUUGAGGUGUUUUCCUUGUGUGAACAUCACAUGGUGCCAUUCACAGGAAAGAUGCACAUUGGAUAUAUUCCGGACCGUCGUGUCCUCGGUCUUUCGAAGCUCGCUCGCCUUGCGGAAAUGUUUUCGCGGAGACUUCAGGUGCAGGAGCGUCUCACUAAGCAGGUCGCCUUAGCCAUCUCAGAAGUCUUAAAGCCGCGAGGCGUAGGAGUCGUUAUGGAGUCCUCCCACCUAUGCAUGGUGAUGCGUGGGGUGCAGAAAACAAGCAGCACCACCACGACAAGCUGUAUGCUGGGAUGCAUGCGGUCGAGCGCAAAGACUCGUGAAGAGUUCUUGACGCUCCUGCAUAGAUAA